AUGACGAGAUAUCGCGUAACGAGUUUUUUGAGAAAAGAAAUGCUUGUUGUCCUCUUAGCCACAGCGACACUUGCGUCUUAUGCAGAUAGAUAUAUCCUCAACCCAGGUGGGCAUAUGUUUGCAACAUUCGCCUCGUAUGACUUAACAAUUGCUACCUCUUCUGAUGUGAUUAAUGUCUUGCCAAGUGGUCUUUGCGAGGAGACGCCUAGCAUAGUUCCACAAGAACAAUCAUAUAUUCAAAGCUUGAUCCAUGAGAGAGAAGCCCUCAGAACCAAAAAGGAGGUGCUUCAAAAAUUCUCACACCAGGCUCCAAAGGCCAUCAUGGCAAUGGAUGCAAUCCAGCAGAAAAUAGAUGAAAUUGAAUCUAAAAUACAACAAGCUCCAAUCCUCUAUGAUAUAGUAGACACAGACUUAACGUCUUGA